AUGCACUGGAAUGCUGAAGGAAUCUCAAACAAGAAAACAGAGCUGGAAAACUUUCUAAAAGAUAAUGAAAUACACAUCAGCUGUAUACAGGAAACACAUCUGCAGGAGGAGGCAAGCUUUAAGGUAAGAGGAUAUCAGUGCUUCAGAAACGAUCGCCAAGGUAGAAAAAUAGGAGGAGUAUUGACCCGGGUAAGAAAUAACCUAAAUACCGUUGAAAUCAAGAAAUAUACAGGAGAAGCUGAAUAUAUCCACAACAGGAUCACCACCAGCAGAGGCAAUCUGGAUCUAGUGAACUAUUAUUGUCCAAACGAUAAAAACCUUGUGCUAGAAACCAUCGAAGUCCCAGACACAGACUUUAUCAUCGCUGGAGAUUUCAACAGCCAGUCCCAGAGUUGGGGUUACAACAGACUAGACAGAAGAGGAGAAGAAAUAGAGGCUUGGCAAGAUGAAAACCAUCUUCUGCUUGUAAAUGAUCCUUUAGAUCAACCCACAUUUUAUUCUCGAGCUUGGCAUUCAACUACGACUCCAGACCUAGCACUCUGCACAGAAAACCUGCACAGACAUCUAAGCAGAACAGUGGAAACCCAGCUCGGGGGAAGUGACCAUCGCCCUGUUCUUCUUACCAUAGUAGAGAGCCUGCCAGAGGACAGCCCGAAAAGGCCGAGGUGGAACUACAAAAAGGCAGACUGGAGACUAUUCAGAAUAAGAACUAAUGAGCUGACAAAGAACAUCGCAGUCUUCGACAAAAACAUAAACAAUGCCAUCACAGAGUUCAAUGAAAACAUCCUUAAGUCAGCAAAAGAAACCAUACCUAGAGGGGUAAGGAAAAAUUACACCCCAUACUGGACGCCAGAACUCCAGAAAACACAUAACGACCUCAUCAAGGCCAGAGAACAAGCCGAAACACAUCCAGGGAUAGAAAACAAUAACAAGCUACAGAGGUGUAAAGCCCACUAUCUCAAAACCAAAUUGGAUGCACCAGGAAAAGCUGGAGAGACAAAACGCACAAACUUAACCUGGAAAAGGACACCACAAAACUAUGGAGGCUUGUAA